AUCUAUCCCUCUUAUACGUCUCUGAUAUCUGUUCUCCUUUUUAAUUGAUAAAAUUCAGUCGGUCCUGUGGCCGAGCAUUGUCUGCUAAAGGCGGGUUGAGAGGCGCGAACGCGAAGAGCAUGGCGACAGGAGUUAGCAGGAAAAUUUCUGCUGCAUCAGCCAGGGCUCACACUAGGAGACCUAAGAAAAGCGCUUCAGUUCAUCUUCCUUCAGGAUUGCUUAGGACAGCAUUAGCAAUAUUGUUUGGGGGGUUUCUAGCAUGGGCUUUUCUGGCUAUUCGCCCUCCACCUCCCAAUAUAUGUGGCUCUCCUGAUGGGCCGCCUAUAACAGCACCCAGAAUAAAACUAAGAGAUGAAAGACAUUUGGCAUACAAAGAGCAUGGUGUCCCAAAAGAUGAAGCAAAAUAUAAAAUCAUUUAUGUCCACGGUUUUGAUUCCUGCAGGCUGGAUGCUGUGGUUGCCAAAACCCUAUCUCCAGAAAUCACUGAAAGCCUGCGAGUCUACAUUGUAUCUUUUGACAGACCUGGUUAUGGGGAGAGUGAUCCUGAUCCAAAUCGAACAGUAAAGAGCUUGGCCCUAGAUAUUGAGCAGCUUGCUGAUAAGCUGCAAUUAGGGCCUCGAUUCUAUGUGAUUGGUUUCUCUAUGGGUGGACAGGUUAUUUGGAGCUGCCUUAAGUAUAUACCUCAAAGGCUAGCCGGUGCAGCACUCUUAGCCCCAGUUAUCAACUACUGGUGGGCUGGUCUUCCUGCUAACCUAACUAAAGAAGCCUAUAGCCAACAAAAACUACAAGACCAAUGGACACUCCGUGUCUCUCAUUACUUGCCGUGGCUCACUUACUGGUGGAACACUCAAAGAUGGUUCCCUGCCUCUAGUGUAAUUGCUCAUAGUCCAGAUAAUCUCUCACGCCAAGACCGAGAGCUUAUUUCCAAGAGGGCUGAUAGAAAGAGUCAUGCGGCAGAAGUAAGACAGCAAGGAGAUUACGAAUCCCUUCACCGUGACAUCAUAAUUGGAAUGGGUAAGUGGGAAUUUAGUCCUACAGAUCUGGAAAACCCAUUUCCAAAUAUUGAAGGUUCUGUCCAUCUGUGGCAUGGAGAUGAUGAUUUGCUAGUGCCUGCUAAACUUCAACGAUACAUCGCACAAAGGCUUCCAUGGAUUCAGUAUCACGAGAUUCCAGGUGCCGGUCACUUGUUUCCUUACGCUGACGGUAUGGGUGAUGCAAUUGUUAAGUCACUUGUAAGCGGGAACGAGGCCUCCGUAUAGAAGAUAACUGGCUGUCACUCAUCAACUUCACUGCAUCUUGUAUUGAUCAAUAUGAGAUGCAUGGCCCGGUUAAUUUUGUAGUUUGUACGGCGUGUAUUCUAAUGAACCCGUGAGACCCCAGUUGCUGCUUUAUGACCGAAUUCUAAACUUCUGUUCUCGAAUGCCCGAGUCCUUUGCCCCUCUUUUUAUGUUUCUAAAUUUGGUUUGAAAGGAGAUAAAAGUGAUGGUCGAAGAA